GAUCAGGUGUGCUUCACGAGGGCAACAUGGACUGUUCAUAAAUUUUGCAAGUUCGCAAAAGUAUCUCUUUUUCUCUCUCUGCAGUGUUGUUUGUACAUUUUGUAUCGGAUCCCGACAUCUUCUAGUAUUUUGUUCUGUACUCUCCAAACGCCACCAUGCAUUCACACUCAUACCUCGGCCCAAUCGCCCUACUCACCACCAUCGUAUCCGCACUUCCAGAAAAAGAGAUUCUCGUGCCCAUUCUUCCCCGCCAAUCCUCCGAAGAAGAUUAUCUCAGCUCCGUCUGUUCUCCAAACAUAACCUCAGGCACUAUUCCCCCUUGCAUUGAAGUAAUAACCAUCCAAUCCGCCUGCACCCCCAACGGCACCACCCCUCUUGAUUAUCUCGCUCACGCACAAUGUAUGUGUAAUGGCGGAUUCUUCGGCAAUUGGCUUGGAUGUCUCAACUGUGAUUAUGUACACGGUGGACGAUCCCCAGCCGUCGUCAGCGCAUUUAAUACCAUUAUUACCAGUGCGUCUAAUCAACUCUGUACUGGUACACCUACAGCGAGUUUUGCCGCCAUUUUCAAUAGUUUGGGAGGAGGAGAUGUAGCAGAGGGAACGGCAACUCAAUUGACAGAUUUGUAUCCGAGUGAGACGGCGGUCAGUCUUUAUUAUACUGCGAGUGGGAAUCAAGGAGUAGGCGCUAUUACGGGGAGUGCAACGGGAGCUACAAAGACGGGUAGUACUUCGGCGAGUGUAACGGCUACGGGAUCGUCAUCGGCUUCUGGAGUUUCGGCUACCGCUACAAAGACUAGUGCGGGAAGUGCUGGUACGACGACAAGUGGAACCGGAACUGGAACUGGAAGCACAUCUGGAUCGACUGGAGGUGCUGCACCAACCGGGGUCAUGAGGCGUUUCUUGGGAAUGGCUGUUGGUGGGGUUGUAAUAGCUGCAUUGUGAUUGACAUAAUUGAUGAGAAUGGGCAAAGAAGACAAACGUACUGUAUGAGUAUUCAAACGAUUCAUUAAUAAUGGCAUUACCGCAAUGAUAUCAUGUUGUUUCGAGAAUCCA